CGUGUUCAGAGGGCAGUCCUGCGUGGAACUUCAGUAGAGAUGAACAUCCUGACGACGACGGCGGUGUUGGCGGCGCUGGUGGCGGCGGUCUCGUGUGAUGCCCAGAGCAAUAUACCCCGACCUCGACCUUUCCGGCCCUCCUUCCCCUCCACGCCCUCCUCCUUCCACUCCACUGGGCGCCCUUCAGAUGAGCCCAACAACACCAUCUUCUCCACGGAUUCCGACAAGAGCUCCUUCCCUGGUAGCAGCUCCUUCGGCUCGGGCCAGCCUGGGGGCAUCUUUGUGUCAUCUCAAGGUUUCGGAAACCCCUCGACUUCCUUCGGGACACCUGCUCCCACCACCUUCGGGUCUCAGGGCGGCGCGGUGGGUCAGCCGGUGUUCCUGACGCCCAGUAAUGUGUUCGUGGGGCAGCCAAACACCUUUUCCUCGCAAGGCUUCGGCCAGGGAGGUCUUGGUCAGGGAGGUCUUGGUCAGGGAGGUUUUGGCCAGAGUGGGUUCGGUCAAGGAAGUUUCGGUCAGGGAGGCUUCAGUCAAGGAGGCUUCGGUCAGGGAGGCUUCAGUCAAGGAGGCUUCGGUCAGGCAGGAGUUGGUCAAGGAAGUUUCGGUCAGGGUAGCUUUGGCCAGCCCAACACCUUCACUGGGCAGGGAGUGUUCCGCCAGCCCGGUACCUUCACUGGCCAGGGAGUGUUCGGCCAGCCCACCGUGUUCGGCACGCCUGUCACCAUCGGCACUGCCCUCCCGCGGCAGGGCGGCACCACCUUCAACACCGGCCUGGGCUCAGGCACCACCUCAGGUAGCAGUGGCCGCUUCCCAACCAACACCCAGUUCGGAACACUCAACCCGGGUAGUUUUGGCGGCGCCAUCCCAGUGAUCGUGGGCUUCACCCAAGGCGGCCUCCCCGUCCAGGGCUUCCUGCAGGGUCCUGUGGGUUUCUCACAGACGCCCUCUGGAGUCUUUUCACAGGUGCCGGUCAACAGCUUCGGCCAGUCAGUGGUGCCGUUGGGUUUCGGCCAAGCGCCAGUGAAUAGCUUCCCAGGUUCCGCUAACGUGCCCACCGUCUUCCCACCGCCGCCCGUCAGCACCAAUCUAGACACGCAUUCUGGCGGUAUCUUCGAUACCAUCUCCAGCGAUCACCGGCGCCGCCCAAGCUUCGGCAGCAGCAGCAGCAGCAGCGGCAGCAGCGGCAGCAGUAGCAGCAACACCGGCAGCACCCUCAUACCUCGCUUCCCUCUCCCCAACCAACGAGUGUUCGGUAAGGGCAAAUCCGGCAGUUCCUCAGACCCCACCGCCUCUGCCUCCUCCACCUCCACCACCAAGACUGAGAAGAUUUAGUGACCUCCUCCUUGGUGUGCCUCUUCUUUCCUGCCCUGCCCUGCCCUACCAUGCCCUGCCCUGCCCUGCCGUGCCCUACUCUGUCCUGGUCUGCCCUGCCGCCUCACACCGUCCUCCUCUCUAUCCCUUCUCCCUUUUCUAUGGAUUAUGAUUGAGUGAUAUCCUUGUUAUUCUAAAGUCACCAGUUUGAGAGAGAGAGAGAGAGAGAGAGAGAGAGAGAGAGAGAGAGAGAGAGAGAGAGAGAGAGAGAGAGAGAGAGAGAGAGAGAGAGAGAGAGAGAGAGAGAGAGAGAGAGAGAGAGAGAGAGAGAGAGAGAGAGAGAGAGAGAGAGAGAGAGAGAGAGAGAGAGAGAGAGAGAGAUAAUACCUCCAGGUGAAUAUUAUGUUUUCAUUAACUCUAGCAGGUGAGAAGAGGUUGGUUACAAACACACACACACACACACACACACACACACACACACACACACACACACACACACACACACACACACACACACACACACACUUGGCUUACUGGUUUAUCCCCCUACCGUCGCCUUUCUGACCGCGAUUCGUAUCCCGUCGAUCCGCUUUCCUUUAAUAUCCUUGUAAGUUAAAUAAAAUAUGCGUAUCUU